AUGACUGGGGACUCUCUGCUCCCGUAUCACACGGCCCAGAGCAGCACCGGGGUGGGCCUGUUCAACACCACCAUGGGGAAGCUGCAGCAGCAAUUGCACAAGGGCGAAUACGACAUAUUCAGGUACGCACCGAUAUUCGAGAGCGACUUUAUCCAGAUCACGAAGAGGGGAGACGUGAUCGACGUGCACAACUGUGUCUGCAUGGUGACCGUGGGCAUCGCAUCCAGCAGCCCCGUCCUCCCACUCCCAGACAUCAUGCUGCUGGCCCGAUGGGCCACCGGCUGUGAAGAGCAGGCUGAGCGCACCCAGGCCACCAAGGGGAAGAGCCACAAGGCUGCAAAGACCUUAGAGCUCACCAGGCUCCUUCCCUUGAAGUUCGUGAGGAUCUCCGCUCACGAUCGUGAGAAACAACAGCUGCGCGUGAAGUUUGCCACUGGCCGCUCCUGCUACCUGCAGCUGUGUCCCCCUCUGGACGCGCAGGAAGACCUCUUUGCCUACUGGGAAAAGCUGAUUUACCUCCUGCGACCACCAGUGGACAGUCACAGCAGCACCUAUGCCAUUCCAGCCGGGGACAUGAUCGGCAUGCCUGUGUUCGAGGAGGAGGACGGGCGGAGCCCGGCAGGGGAGGAUUUCCAAGGAGAGUGGGAUCAGGACCAGGUCAGCAUCCGGAGCCUCCACGUGCGCUCUGAGGUGGCCGGGGCCACGUCUGCAGCGUUUGCUGGGGGGGAGGGGAUCCAACUGGACUCCCACAAGCCCGGUACCGUGCCCGAUGUGGCCACUGCAAAAGCAAAGCCUACGGUGCUUGACAAAGAGUCAGCAUUGCGGGCAACGACAAAGGUGGAGACAGCAUGGGUGGCAGGAGGCACCGCAGCGGGUGCUUUGAGCGUGGCAGUGAUCAAGUCUCCUGCCCAUGAAGAGCAGAGCACCGCCACGGCGGCCACAGCCAGCGACGGUCCAGGAGGAAGCAAAACCAAUAUAGCCACUGGGGGCACUGCCGGAACAUCCCUGAGGAGCAGGAAAAUGGCCCUGGCAGGUGCUGCGGACAAUUCACAGUACGCUUCCAGCACGUCCACCAGCCUCUCCCCAGAGGCCGGCAGGACUGCGGUCGGAGCAGAACCUACCAGCGAGACUGUCAGAGGAAGAGCCGACAAGGAGGACGAGGGGACCCUCAUCUCAACCUUGCCACAGGAAGGCCAAGUGAGUGAACAGGAUGGCAGCUCACAGAGGGUGUCCCAGGCCCGCAAGGGAAGAAGGGAGAGCAGGGAGCAGUGGGAAGAGGAGAGAGCUCUUAGGAGCCCCUCGCUCUGCAGUUCAGUGGAAAGCCACCACAAGGCAGCGGGGAACAAGAUAAUCCAAAAAGCAGCUGGCCGGUGCUCAGGCGGCCGUAGAGCCACUAGAGACGACCAGAAGGAGAAAGGCCACGGCAGCCCGGGGGGCAGCGAGCAGGGCACUGGUCACAAAGGCGUCAGCCGUGCUCCCAUCACCAACGAGCCCAGGACCUCGCACAAACCGGGCAGGAGCUUAUCUACAGCGAGUUCAGGUUCCGCCACCAAGAUAUUCAGCAGGAUCAGCUCCUUCUUGAGGAAUAUCAGAGCCAGUCUUACUAGAAAGACAGCGGGCUCAUCACGCGAUAAAGGUGUGAACAUCCUGGCGAAGGCAGUGGAAGGGACCCGAAUGGAGGCCAUCAUAGAGACAGCAGAGACUGGCCAGGGGCUGGAAAUCACUGGUGGUGUGACAUCUGAGGCCAUGGAGCCAGUGACCAUUGAAGCCCAUCAAUAGGACCUAGAGCUGGAAGCUGCAAAGGGGAC